GCUCUCAGGCGCUGAGCACUACAACUCCCGGCAUGCCGUGAACGUGACGGCCGAGGCUCCGAGGCGGCGUCCAGCCCUCCGACCCGCCCGGCUCUCCCGCCGGGUCCCCUCCGCUGCCCUGGCCGCGCGCGGAGCGGGGACGCGAGCCAUGGAGGAGCCGCCGUCCCCGCUGCUGGGCUGCAGCAAGCCGCACCUGGAGAAGCUGACGCUGGGGAUCACUCGCAUCCUGGAAUCAUCCCCAGGUGUGACGGAGGUGACCAUCCUGGAAAAGGCGCCUGCUGAACGUCACAUGAUUUCUUCUUGGGAACAGAAAAAUAACUGUGUGCUCCCUGAGGAUGUGAAGAAUUUUUACCUAAUGACCAAUGGCUUCCACAUGACAUGGAGUGUGAAGUUGGAUGAGCACAUCAUUCCGUUGGGCAGCAUGGCAAUUAACAGCAUCUCAAAACUGACUCAACUCAACCAGUCUUCCAUGUACUCACUUCCUAAUGCACCAACUCUGGCAGACCUGGAGGACGAUACACAAGAAGGCAGUGAGAACCAGCCAGAGAAGCCUCACUUUGAUUCUCGCAGUGUGAUAUUCGAGCUGGAUCCUUGCAAUGGGAAUGGGAAGGUUUGCCUUGUCUACAAAAGAGGGAAACCAGCAUUAGCACAGGACACUGAGAUCUGGUUCCUGGACAGAGCGUUAUACUGGCAUUUUCUCACAGAUACCUUUACUGCCUAUUACCGUCUGCUCAUCACCCACCUGGGCCUGCCCCAGUGGCAGUAUGCCUUCACCAGCUAUGGCAUUAGCCCGCAGGCCAAGCAAUGGUUCAGCAUGUAUAAACCCAUCACCUACAACACAAACCUGCUCACAGAAGAGGCCGACUCCUUUGUGAACAAGCUGGAUCCCAGCAAAGUGUUCAAGAGCAAGAACAAGACUUUAAUCCCCAAAAAGAAAGGGCCUGUUCAGCCUGCAGGCAGCCAGAAAGGGCCCUCAGGUCCUCCCUCCACCCCUAAAUCCUCUUCUGGCUCUGGAAACCCUGUCCGGAAAUGAGCACUCCCACCUCCAACUCCACUAGCCCCACAGCGAUGAUUUCCACACAGAUGUCCCCUGGGUGCCCAAGAGUCAGGUUCUGUGUGUAGAACCAUGGGCCUCUUCCCAUCUGAGUGACCAAAAUCCUAGGCCUUUUACUCCCAUUGGCAUUAGCCAGGAGUUUGAAGGGCGUACUCAGGUCCCCCAAGAGUCCUUCCCUCAUGGCCCUCACAGCACGUUGUACCACCCCUGCCUCCAGAAGCUGUGGAGAAUUUAAGAUGUUAAGUGGCUAAAGAGAUCUGUUAAGAGCUUUCUUCUCUUUCCACCCCCUACCCCUCAGCAGUGUUUAGAGAAGUCCCCCAAGGAAACCACUGGUUUUGACCCAUGAGGUAUUAGAACUGUGCUGUUCAGCUGGUAGCCACUAGCCACAUGUGACUAUUUAAACUAUGUUAAAAAUUCAGUUCCUCAGGUGCAUUAGCCACAUUGCAAGUAUUCAUGUAAUUAGUGGAUUCUGUAUUAGCACAGAGAUAGUGGAACAAUUCUCUCAUCAUAGAAAGUUCUAUUGGGCCACACUGAUUUAGAACAUUUUCACACUGCUCUUCCUCAGAUCAGUUAAUUUUUGUUAGAGAAUGUUGAUACCUUAAUUUGAUGGGUCAUCAUGUUCCAUGAGAACUCUUGAAGAUACAUUUCUAUGUUUAUAUCUUUCACCUCAAACAGUUCUCACUGCUCAUUUCUUCUUCACUUUCCUGUAAAGCUUCUCAUCUUAGUUUCCUAUAAAGUUUCUUAUUUUUUGUUUUGUGAUGUGAUGUUUACACAUUUGCCAAAAUUAUCUUUUUUUUUUUAAGAAGAGGUGAUUCUGCUGUACUUUAACUAUUUAAAAACAAACUCCCAAGCAUUGCUUUACAGGACUCUUCGUAAAGAGUUUUGAUGAAACCAGUCAGUCACUUUCCACCUGCUCUGCCUACUGUUCAACAGUUCAUGGAGAGGCAGAAAGGGAUAGAGAGGGACCAAGAUGUCAAGGAUAAUAGCUGAAGUUUAGUCUUCCAGAAGUAUUUUUCUGCCAGAACUGACCAAAUCAAAAGGAGAACCAGCAGCACCAGAUAAGAGAUUCCAGCAUUUGGCUGUUUUCUCCAAGACAAGACAAGUCAAGGUUAGAAGGGGAUUGAGAACUCAUGCCAUCUUCCACUGUGGCAGAUACCCGUCCUCUAAUACUUGUGGAGCCCCUUGGUCUAGUUAUUCCAGUACUGAAGUAGCAGAGGAGCCACAAGAGCACUGGUACCUUUCAAAUCAGUGGGAGUCUUCAAAGGGCUAUAGAAGGAAAGGGGUUCUGAUAAGGAAAGCCUUUGGACCUGGCUCAGGAGCAGCAGAGCAGUGAAGAAACAGGCCGACUAGCUAAUAUGGAGGACUCACUGCAAAAUGAAGAUGUGGGGCCUCUUGUUCAGAAAUCAGGAAGUAGUUCCAUUAAAGGUACUAAAAUACUUUUUUCCUUUCUUCCAUGGUCUCUCUCACAACUUAUGGUGGUUUUUAUUUGCUGCUUAAUGCUGUUCUAAAUUUUAAAAAAUUAAAUUUUGGAUUAUAAGCAUUAAUUUUAUCAUUCAUUUUUAUAUUGUACAAUUCUAGUUUUAAAUGCAACACUAAGAACAUUUAACUCAUAUGUAGAAUCACCAAAAUUAUAAUUUACGUUUCAUAGCUUAUGUAUACAUAUUGUAUGCAUGUGUAUCUCAUUCUUACCAGAACAGUGGAAACACUGUACAAAACUAGCUCAACUGUUAUUUCACUUCUUGAUAAGUAGACAUUUUAUCAGCACUUUCAACUUACUGAUGAGUAAGGAAGGAGUGAAAGAAAAACUAUGAGCUGCCCUAUGUUUUCCUUUUCUUCUGUGGCAUCAUUUUCAGCAUAAGUUGUUGGCUAAUACAGGAAAGUAACAUGAGUAAUAAAGGACAUGUUGGGGUGCUGUGGUCA